CUCACAGGAAGCAGAAAGUUAACGAGUGUUCACUUCACGCCUCUUACUCGAUUAGCAACGCUUGAAAAUCGACGGAUUAUUUGCCCUUCAUUCAACUAAAGAGUAAAAAAAGCAACUAAUUACCCAUUCGCAGGAAUUAAAGACGCAGAAGGCGCAGUUUGUGGUGAUUUUCUCCAGAUAAGUGAAAUGGCAGAAGCCAGUAUUUCAGUGGAUCGGAAUCGGCUCACUUGUCCAGUGUGUUUGGAUCUACUGAACGAUCCAGUGACGAUUCCCUGUGGACACAGUUACUGUAUGAGCUGCAUCACAACCAGCUGGAAUCUGGAGGAUCAGAGGGGAAUUUACAAAUGUCCAUUAUGCAAUCGGACCUUCACUCCAAGACCAGUUUUACAUAAGAAUGUGAUGUUUGCUGAGAUGGUGGAGGAACUAAAGAACACAAGUCUCCAAGCUGCUACUCCUGCUGCUGAUCCUCCUGCAGUUGAUCACACUGGAUCUGAGGAUGUGCCGUGCGACUCCUGCACUGAAAAUAAACAGAAAGCAGUGAAGUCGUGUCUGGAGUGCCAAAGAUCCUUCUGUCAAAAUCACCUUCAACUACAUGAGAGCCUCUUCAGAGGACACAAUCUUAAGGAAGCCACUGGACAACUGCGGGAGAUGAUCUGCCCUCAACAUGGUAAAAUGUUGGAAAUUUACUGCCGUACUGACCAGCAGUGUAUCUGUAUGCAGUGUUUGGUGGAUGAACACAAAAAUCAUGACACUGUAUCAACCGAAGAAGCAAGAAUAGAAAAACAGAGGCAUUUUGAGGAAACAUUGAUAGAAACACAGAUGAUCAUCCAGCAGAGACAGGAAGAGCUGAGAGAGGCUGUGGAGUCUCAUAAGCGCUCUGCACAGACUGCAGUGGAAGACAGUGAGAGGACGUUCACUGAGCUCAUCUCCUCCAUUGAGAGACGUCACUCUGAGGUGACGCAGCUGAUCAGAGAUCAGGAACAAGCUGCAGUGAGUCGAGCUGAAGAACGACUGGAGCAACUGGAGCAGAAGAUCGAUGAUUUGAGGAGGAGAGAUGCUAAGAUGAAGCAGCUUUCACACACACAGGAUCAUGUUCAUUUCCUUCAGGGUUUGCCGUCUCUCUAUUGCCCUGGAUCUACAGAUGGCUUCGGUAUCAGUUCUCAUCUGUGUUUUGACAACAUAGUGAGAUCACUCUCACAAAUCACAGACAAAGUGCAGCAGUUAUCCAGAGAGACUAUUGAAAAUACUUAUAGAAUAGUGGAAUCCAUCAAUGUCAUUGGAGCUCCUGAAUAUCAGACCAGAGAGGAGUUCCUACAAUAUUCCCGUCUGUUGACUCUGGAUCUGAACUCAGUGAGUAGUUGGCUCCGUCUGAUUGAGGAAAACACAGUGAUCACUUACUCUGACACAAGUCUGCCAUAUCCCGAUCAUCCAGACAGAUUUAAUUAUUGGUGUCAAGCAUUGUGUGUCGAGAGUUUGACUGGACGCUGUUACUGGGAGGUGGAGUGGGCUGGUAAUGGGACAUUAGGAGUAGUUAUAGGAGUGGCAUAUAAGAGCAUCAGCAGGAAGGGAGAUGGUCCUGAUAGUGUAGCUGGGUUUAAUGAUCAGUCCUGGAGUUUAUAUUGCACUCCCACUUUCUGCUCAUUCUGUCACAAUAACAUCGAGACUGUCCUUCCUGUAGUGUCCAGUAGAAUAGGAGUGUAUGUAGAUCACAGCGCAGGGAUUUUGUCCUUCUACAGUGUUUCACACACAAUGAGCCUCAUCCACAGAGUCCAGACCACAUUCACUCAGCCGCUCUAUGCUGUGUUUGGAUUAGAUAGACAGGCAGCAAUGAAACUGUGUUGUCUGACCAAUUAAAUCUUGUAGAGGUUAUACCAAUUAAUUUUUUAUAUCCACUAGUGAACCCUUUGAGCAUCUGUAUUUCUGCAUUGAAUCCAUAUCAGAUGAGUUCUUAUCUUAAUUUGACUUAAAAUUGUAGACAAACUCAAUCAGACUAAACUAAUAACUCAAAAAGUAUUGUACAUUCACAGUAGGGGUGGGGGGAAAAAAUCAAUUCACAUAUGAAUUGCGAUUCUAUCUUCCGCUGAUUUAAAUUGAUUCACAAAUUUCAAAAAUCAAUGUUCUAAAUGUUUAUUAAUGACAUGAUGUCAUGUCAAAGAAGGCGAAAGUCACCUGCAAGAGGCUUGCAAUGGAGGAAGCAUUAUGACUGAAGCUUACUUGAUAUGACCACACUUCCUAUAUCAAUAACUUGAUGAAUAGAUAAUAGCCUUAAGUAAUGUUUAGUUACAAGCUUUUCUUGCAAUCUUUCUGUGUACAGGUACUUCUACUACUUCUGCAAUAUUAUAAAACUCUCCUGAUAUUAAAGCACAAUUACAGAAGAAUAAAAUAAAGCAUAUAUCGUUACCUUUUAGAGCUUGGAAGGGUUCAUUUUGAGCAGAUUCAACCACCAGAUAAUUAGGACACAAACGUUCAAUGCCAAUCUAUGUAUUUAUUCACUGACAUAAAGACUCAGAUAUUGUAUUUCAGCCUAGUAGGAUGAAACUGUCACAUAUCAUCUGCAAUACUUGAAUGAAGGCAUUCAAAUUUGCUGAUAUUCCCUUUUACUAUACUGCAUUUUUAUUCAACUUGCACCUCUUUAGGUGUGCAUUUGCUAUGCCUUAUUCACUCUACUAUUCUGAUAUCAAACAUUUAUAAAUACAGUGAAUGAAUGAAUGAAUGAAUGUUGGAUUAAAGAAACUCAUGACAUUUACCAAUGAAACAUUGCCUUUUUAUUUACACAGUUAAUGGCUAAAUAAAAGGGUUAUUAUUGAUCACUAUCAGGAUGUGAAGAGAGUUUCAACCAGUACAACACAAAAGUGUUUAUGAAAAACACUGCCUAACCUACCUUUAAUGACAAUCUACAGCCCAAUUCCCUAUGGACAAAAUCAGGUCCCGCUCUACAUUUAUUCUUGUUUGUCAAGCCGUUUCACUCGGAAAUACAUCAAAACG